AUGGCAUCCUCAUCUACAGGUAUGUAUGUAUCUGUAGAUUUUCAUUACAAUGGAUUCUUUUUGCCAAACCCAUUGGUGUACUUAGACCCUGUAAAAACAAAUGUACGUGAUGUGGAUUUUGGGGGAUUUACGUAUAAAGAGUUUCUUUUGUGGCUUACGAAAUUAACCAAUGGAGCCUGUGCUAAUGUCUACUACUGUAUGAAAAAGGAAAGCUUGUGUGAGGGUAUUAGAAGAAUCGACAGUGAUGCUGAUUAUUGGGAGUUUGUGGAAACUGUUUAUAGUCUUGAGAGUGAUAGUCCUGAGAGUGAGUUAGAUGUGUACAUUGACCACCGAAAUGAACCAAUUAUUGAUUGGGUUGAUAACGAGUUCUUAGCAGAUGGUAAAGGGUAUGAGUCGGAUGAGUUGGAUGAAGAGGAUGACAAGGAUUCUGAAGUUUCAGAGACAAUGGAAUAUGAACAUGAAUGUGAUGAAGAGGUCCAUACUUUUGAUAAAACUGUUGGAGACCCAUUCUUGGACAAACUUUCAGGACAUACAAGUGAUGAUGAUGAAGAGGAAGCUAACAAUGGAAAAUAUAAGGAUAUUGUGUUCCCUGUCCAUAAUGAGAAUCAAGAAUGGGAGCAAAUGGUGCCAGUUUUGGAGUUUCUUUUGUGGCUUACGAAAUUAACCAAUGGAGCCUGUGCUAAUGUCUACUACUGUAUGAAAAAGGAAAGCUUGUGUGAGGGUAUUAGAAGAAUCGACAGUGAUGCUGAUUAUUGGGAGUUUGUGGAAACUGUUUAUAGUCUUGAGAGUGAUAGUCCUGAGAGUGAGUUAGAUGUGUACAUUGACCACCGAAAUGAACCAAUUAUUGAUUGGGUUGAUAACGAGUUCUUAGCAGAUGGUAAAGGGUAUGAGUCGGAUGAGUUGGAUGAAGAGGAUGACAAGGAUUCUGAAGUUUCAGAGACAAUGGAAUAUGAACAUGAAUGUGAUGAAGAGGUCCAUACUUUUGAUAAAACUGUUGGAGACCCAUUCUUGGACAAACUUUCAGGACAUACAAGUGAUGAUGAUGAAGAGGAAGCUAACAAUGGAAAAUAUAAGGAUAUUGUGUUCCCUGUCCAUAAUGAGAAUCAAGAAUGGGAGCAAAUGGUGCCAGUUUUG